AUGUUUUAUCUUCAAACAUUCGAGAAGAUCAAGCCAACGAGCAAUGUGGAAAUGCGUCUUUUGUGCCACACAAUUUUACUGCUCUUGGCUCGAACGGUGGACCGGGUGGGGGCGAUCGCUGAUCAACGUUCUCAGUCCGUUGCACGUAUACAAGUUCGGCAAACGUUUUGCCUUCUGCUCAAUCGGUUGGAACUGGCCACCGCCUCGGAACUAGCCGCUUCCGUCCAGACAGAGCUUCAGAGAAUGCGCCUGGCUCUGAACACGGCGGUAGAUCGAAUGAAUAAGGACGCUUGA